CUCUGCUUCUCCAACCCUUGUUACACCUCCAUUCUUCUUCCUUCUUUUCCUCAUGGCCCCCAACGACAUCAAGGUGACGGUGGAGAGCAUCGAGAGCCCCGAACCAAAGGGUAGUGAGGACCCUGACUAUUCCCAGAGGGGACAGUGGCUACGAGCUGCCGUCCUCGGGGCCAGCGACGGGCUGGUCUCCACCGCCUCGCUGAUGUUGGGAGUCGGGGCCGUGAAGGGCGACGCGAAGGCGAUGGUGCUCUCGGGCUUUGCAGGCCUCGUGGCCGGGGCAAGCAGCAUGGCUAUCGGGGAAUUCGUGUCGGUAUCUUCUCAGCUGGACAUCGAGGUGGCCCAGCGGAAGAGGGAGCGAAUGAGCAAGGGUGGAGGAGAGGUGGAGCGGGACGGGCUGCCGAGCCCGGUGCUUGCGGCCGCGGCCUCGGCCCUGGCGUUCGCAGUGGGGGCGAUGGUGCCGCUGCUGGCGGCGGGGUUUAUAAGGAGUCAUAAGGUGAGACUGGGGAUGGUCGCCGCGGCGGGAAGCGUGGCGUUGGUGGUGUUUGGGUACGUCGGAGCGGCGGUGGGGCGGGCUCCGGUGGGGAGGUCUGCGGUCAGGGUGUUGGUUGGAGGGUGGAUGGCCAUGGCUGUAACCUUUGGACUCGUCAGGCUCUUUGGGUCCACUGGGCUGUAA